AUGAGUGAUACAACUAACAAAGGAAAAAGGACUAGUUUCUUACAAAAACUUUGUGGUGGUGCUAUUUCAGGUAUUGUGGGAGUAACUUUAGUAUUUCCUUUGGACCUUGUAAAAACGAGAUUACAGAAUCAAGGGAAGGUGAAAGUUUAUACUGGAAUUGGGGAUUGCAUCAACAAAAUAAUUUCAAGAGAAGGCUUUAAAGGGUUGUACAAAGGACUUUUUCCCAACCUUGUUGGUAUUACCCCUGAGAAGGCAAUAAAACUAGCUGUGAAUGACUUUUUUCGACAAAAGUUUGAGCAACCAGACGGCUCCGUUAAACUUGUUCAUGCUAUAAUUGCUGGAGCAUCAGCAGGAUUUUUUCAAGUUGUAGCCACAAAUCCAAUGGAAAUUGUUAAGAUCCAAAUGCAACUGGCCGGGGCCGAGCGGAAAUCUAUUACUGCAUUUGAGUUGGUUAAGAAAAUGGGUCUUAAAGGGUUGUAUAAAGGCACAGCGGUGACUUUGUUAAGGUUUAUUAUCAUUAAUACUAAUUAUUAUUAUUAUUAUUAUUAUUAUUAUUAUUAUUAUUAUUAUUAUUAUUAUUAUUAUUAUUAUUAUUAUUAUUAUUAUUAUUAUUAUUAUUAUUAUUAUUUAUAG